AUGGCGGCGGCGGCGGCGAGCGGAGCCGGCGGGGCUUCGGGGGCCGCGGCCGGGGGGGCCGGGCCGGCGGGCCGCCUGCUGCCUCUGCCGGCGCCGGGACCCCCGGCCGCCCCCGCUGCUGUGCCUCCGGCAGCGGGCUCGCCGCUACCCCCGGCCCCGGCCUCCCGCGGGCCGGCGCCCGCCCGCAUCGGCUACUACGAGAUCGACCGCACCAUCGGCAAGGGCAACUUCGCGGUGGUGAAGCGGGCCACGCACCUCCUCACCAAGGCCAAGGUUGCUAUCAAGAUUAUAGACAAGAGCCAGCUAGAUGAAGAAAACUUGAAGAAGAUAUUCCGGGAAGUUCAAAUUAUGAAGAUGCUUUGCCACCCACAUAUCAUCAGGCUUUACCAGGUUAUGGAGACAGAACGGAUGAUAUAUCUGGUGACAGAAUAUGCUAGUGGAGGGGAAAUAUUUGACCACCUGGUGGCCCAUGGCAGAAUGGCGGAGAAGGAGGCCCGUCGGAAGUUCAAGCAGAUCGUCGCUGCUGUCUUUUUUUGUCACUGUCGGAACAUAGUCCAUCGUGAUCUAAAAGCUGAGAAUUUGCUUCUGGACGCCAAUCUGAAUAUCAAAAUAGCAGAUUUUGGCUUCAGUAACCUUUUCACUCCUGGGCAGCUGCUGAAGACCUGGUGUGGUAGUCCUCCCUAUGCUGCUCCUGAACUCUUUGAAGGAAAGGAGUACGAUGGGCCCAAAGUGGACAUCUGGAGCCUUGGAGUCGUCCUCUACGUGCUUGUGUGUGGUGCCCUGCCGUUUGAUGGGAGCACACUGCAGAAUCUGCGGGCCCGAGUGUUGAGUGGGAAGUUCCGCAUCCCAUUUUUUAUGUCCACAGAAUGUGAGCACUUGAUCCGCCACAUGCUGGUGUUGGACCCGAGUAAGCGCCUCUCAAUGGAGCAGAUAUGCAAACACAAGUGGAUGAAGUUAGGGGACAACGACCCCAACUUUGACAGGUUAAUAGCUGAAUGCCGACAACUAAAAGAAGAAAGACAGAUAGACAUUUUGAAUGAGGAUGUCCUGUUGGCCAUGGAGGACAUUGGACUGGACAGAGAGCGGACACUACAGUCAUUAAGUACAGAUGCCUAUGAUCACUAUAGUGCAAUCUAUCAUCUGCUGUGUGAUCGACAUAAGAGACAUAAAACCCUGCAUGUCGGAGUACCUCCCAGCGUGCCCCGAGCCAUGGCCUUUCAAGCACCAGUCAGUAUCCAGGCGGAGCAGGCGGGCACCACUAUGAACAUCAGCGUUCCACAGGUGCAGCUGAUCAACCCGGAGAACCAGAUUGUGGAGCCGGAUGGGACAGUAAACUUGGACAGUGAUGAGGGUGAAGAGCCUUCCCCGGAAGCAUUGGUUCGCUAUUUGUCCAUGAGGAGGCACACAGUGGGCGUGGCUGACCCCCGCAUGGAAGUUAUGGACGAUCUGCAGAAGCUCCUACCUGGCUUUCCUGGAGUCAACCCACAGGCUCCAUUCCUACAGGUGGCCCCUAACAUGAACUUCAUGCACAACCUGUUGCCCAUGCAAAAUUUGCAACCAACUGGGCAGCUUGAGUACAAGGAGCAGUCCCUGUUACAGCCGCCUCCCCUCCAGCUGCUAAAUGGAAUGGGUCCCCUUGGCCGAAGGGCUUCAGAUGGAGGAGCCAACAUCCAACUACAUGCCCAGCAGCUGCUGAAGCGCCCACGGGGACCCUCCCCACUUGUCACCAUGACACCAGCGGUGCCAGCAGUGACCCCUGUGGACGAGGAGAGCUCGGACGGGGAGCCAGAUCAGGAAGCUGUGCAGAGGUACUUGGCAAAUAGGUCCAAAAGGCAUACACUGGCCAUGACCAACCCUACGGCCGAAAUCCCACCGGACCUACAGCGGCAGCUAGGACAGCAGCCUUUCCGUUCCCGGGUCUGGCCCCCUCACCUGGUACCUGAUCAGCAUCGCUCCACCUACAAGGACUCCAACACCCUGCACCUCCCUACGGAGCGGUUCUCCCCUGUGCGCCGGUUCUCAGAUGGGGCUGCCAGCAUCCAGGCCUUUAAAGCCCACCUGGAAAAAAUGGGCAACAGCAGCAGCAUCAAACAGUUGCAGCAGGAGUGUGAGCAGCUGCGGAAGCUGUACGGGGGGCAGAUCGAUGAGCGCGCCCUGGAGAAGACCCAGCAGCAGCACAUGCUGUACCAGCAGGAGCAGCACCACCAGCUUCUCCAGCAGCACAUUCAAGAUUCCAUCUGCCCUCCUCAGCCCUCCCCGCCUCUUCAGGCCGCCUGUGAAAGCCAGCCAGCCCUCCUCACCCACCAGCUGCAGAGGUUAAGGAUUCAGCCUUCAAGCCCACCUCCCAACCAUCCCAACAACCAUCUCUUCAAACAGCCCAGUAGCAGUCCUCCCCCGAUGAGCGUGGGCCAGCCCCAUGGUGCUGCAUCUCCCUCCCAGUUCCAGGGCUUACCCUCCCGCAGUGCAGUCUUCCAGCAGCAGCCUGAGAACUGCUCUCCUCCGCCCAGCGUGGCGCUCACCUGCCUGGGCAUGCAGCAGCCCACCCAGCCACAGCAGGUGGCCAUCCAGCUGCAGGAGCCUGUCGGUGGCGUGCUCAGCAACAUGCCAGGGGCAGCUGCAGGCUCCGUGGGGCGGGGCACCUCCAUCAGCCCCAGUGCCAGUCAAAUCCAGAUGCAGCACCGUGCCAACCUGCUGGCCACCUUCAACUACGGGCAUCGGCCCUUGUCCAAGCAGCUGAGUGCUGACAGUGCAGAAGCCCACAGCUUGAACGUGAAUCGGUUCUCCCCUGCUAACUACGACCAGACGCAUUUACACCCUCAUCUGUUUUCGGACCAGUCCCGGGGUUCCCCCAGCAGCUACAGCCCUUCAGCAGGAGUGGGGUUCCCUCCAGCCCACGCCCUGAAAGUCCCUCCACUUGACCAGUUCCCCACCUUCCCUCCCAGUGCACAUCAGCAGCCACCUCCCUAUCCCACAUCAGCACUACAGCAGGCCCUGCUGUCCCCCACGCCGCCAGACUACACGAGACACCAGCAGGUACCCCACAUCCUUCAAGGACUGCUCUCCCCCCGGCAUUCGCUCGCCGGCCACUCGGACAUUCGGCUGCCCCCAGCAGAGUUUGCACAGCUCAUUAAAAGGCAGCAGCAGCAGCGACAGCAGCAGCAGCAGGAGUAUCAAGAAUUGUUUAGGCAUAUGAACCAGGGGGAUGCUGGGAGCCUGGCUCCCAAUCUUGCAGGACAGAGUAUGACAGAGCACCAGGCUUUACCGUAUCAAAAUGCUGACUCGUAUCACCGCCAGCACACCAGCCCCCAGCAUCUUCUGCAGAUCAGAGCUCAAGAAUGUAUCUCCCAGGUUUCCUCAAACAGCCCGCCCCAGGGCUACGCUCAGCAGCCGGCACUCCUGCAUCCCGAGAGCAUGGAGGAGGAGUGCUCCUGCGUGGCGGCCAAGGACGGCUUUCCAGACAGGCAGAGUUCAAGUGCAUUGACCAAAGGUUGCCACAACAGCUCUCUACUCUUGAGUACUGGCGGACCUGGGGACCCUGAGUCUUUACUAGGAACUGUGAGCCACGCACAGGAAUUGGGGAUCCAUCCAUACCGACAUCAGCCAGCUGCUGCAUUCAGUAGAAAUAAGGUGGCCAGCCGAGAAUCUGUCCUCGGGAACUGCAUGGAGGGAAGCUCUCCGGGACCAGCCAUGGAGCUGCCAGAUCAUGAUGGGCUGGGGUACCCAGCACGCCCCUCGGGCAGUGAGCACCACAGGCCCCGGACGCUGCAGAGACACCACACGAUCCAGAACAGCGACGAUGCCUAUGUGCAGCUGGACGACUUGCCCGGGAUGAGCCUCGUGGCUGGGAAAGCGCUGAGUUCUGCCCGCAUGUCCGAUGCCGUCCUCAGCCAGGCCUCGCUCACGGGGAGCCAGCAGCUCCCGGCCCGGGAGGAUGAGGGGUGUGGGGAAAGGCUAGGCCAUGAGCACCUGAACCUGACUGAUGGCCAGCAUUUGAGCUCUUGCUACCCAUCCACGUGUAUAACAGACAUCCUGCUCAGCUACAAGCACCCCGAGGUCUCCUUCAGCAUGGAGCAGGCCGGCGUGUAACGGGAACCCACGGUCCGUGUGCCGCUCGGGAUAGAGGGUAGAGUGUGACUAAACCAACAGCAUCCAGCAGCAUCCAGCAGCAGCGCGCCUGCCCGCCCUUCUCCCCACCCAGAGCGCUUGCUCCCUCCUCCGUUGGCUCCGUCUGUGCUGCUCCCUGUUUGGGUUGGGACUCGCACAUUUUGUUCCAGGGCCUUUUGCCAUGUUUGCUUGUAUGACCCACUCACCCAGGAAAUAAACAGGAAAUCACGUUCACACCUUUUGUGAAAGUGUAUUUGGUGGAUUUCAGUUGGUGGUUUGGUUUGGCUUUGGUUUGGGGUUUUCGUAUGUUUUUUUGGAGGUGAUUUUCUUUUUUUACUUUUGCUUCUCUUUCUCUUUUUCAUUUUUGAAAGAGAAGAGCAAACAGAGGACAGAGCCUAGGGCCUCAGGGCUCCACAGUGCUCUGUGCAGGAGCAGCACGGAAGGCUACCACCUCUGGGAUCUCAGUGGCCGGAGAAGGGGGAGAGCAAAAGAAGCCCAGGCCUGGAGCCUGGGAGACCGUUCCAGCGGGACCCACCACAAACCAAGCCACGCUGGUAUCGGAAUGUCCGUGUGAGGCGGGGAGUGCCUGGCGCGGAGGGGUGCUGGUCCCUGUGAGCCUCUUUGGUGUGUGACUCAGUUCCCCUCUUGUAACCUGGAAGGUUGGUGCCUUCCCUUCCUGCUGGCUCCACCCAUGGCUGAAACCCGCCGUGGCCCCUGUGCUUGUGUGAGCUUGUGCUCGCUGUACAAAGGGUUGUUCCACACACACUCCCUCCGGCCUGUCACAGGCAGGACCAGGAGCUGCCUCGCUGACCUGGGCACCCUCACCCCCACCUCCAUUCCUGACCAUGUAGGAAUUGUUUUGGUAAAUGUUGAUAUUGUUGUUAUUAAUAAAUAAAAACAAAAGGAACGUUUGUUUGAGAGAAA